UUUGCCAUUGUGCUGUUACUAUUUGAAGUUAUGGAUAUGCAAAGAAAAAGACAUUUUAAUGAUUAUUAAAUGUAAGCAGUUAAAUUGCCCAUUGUCAGAAAACAGGGUAAACAAAUGAAGAUCAUAUAUGUGAGCUCUGGCCACCCCAGUCAAGAAGGUCUGGCUCUGCCACUGCGCUGAAUUCUCAAAAAGUUAUGAUUGGAACAGCUGAGCUGGCUGAUCGGUCUGACAAGGCCUGACUAGUUGAUGGAUAUAGGGGUAUAUAAACAGAUCCCGAUAUUAAAUUCCAUACCUUUAAAGACCUUUUAAAGUCUGAAUUUACUUAAUUUGAAAAUCUAAAUGCUAUUUUGACCUGUUAAUUAUGUCAACAACACAGUUUCUUUUAGUGUAUUAUCAUACAGUGUACUAGUUUCAUACUGUAGAUUGUUAAAUGAUGCAAAACAAGGUGUUUGGUGGCUAGUGCUAUGGCUGGGACCCUAUAUGUACUGUUGAUGAAGUUAGGUGCUGUUCUGAGCAUUAUUUGUGGCUAUUGAGUGGCAUUUUGGUUGCGGUUUGUGUGUGGCUCCUGAGAGCACUGUGUAUUGCUAUCGUGGGGUUGUUACUAAAGGUGGUAUAACUAGAGAAGCAAGCAGUUGGUAACAUUCACCUCUCAAAAUUAAUUUUACACCGGAAUAUGCCAUUAAAGGUGUACUGUCCAUCCCAGUGAAACAUAGGCUCACAUUGUUGGUUUAGUCUUUUUCAGGUAUAAAUGAAUGUAACAGACAAAUGCACUGGCAGCAGCUGGAUGGCCUCACACAUACAAACAGAAGGGCCUCUUGAACCACGGCAAAUAACUACAACUCCAAGCUGAAAUAUUCAAAAGACAACUCUUGGAUUUUUUUCCCUUCUUUGAUUUAUUUUUAUUUUUUUAAUUAUUAUUCAUAACAUAUUAUCUGAGAUUUGACCUCUGCAUAAAAACCAAAAUUAUUUGCGUUUAAUAUCUGAAUCUAUGCCAGCAGAUUUCAGUGACAUCCAUUUGAUAAUGGUAUGCUAUAUAAAACCUUUUGGAAAAUUAAAACAAAACCCGUUGUGGUUUGUCAAGCUGGGAAUCAUUAAUAUAUUUUUAUCAAAUUUGAAAUAAAAAUGUCUAUCCUUUCGUUUCUGUUUCUUUUUCUCUCUUACAGUGUACCCUUUGUUUCAAAGUUUCCGCCCUUGGCCAUUACGUAAGUUUGGCGCCUCUAUGCCCCCAUUUCCUUCCCUUUAAAUUGACCGAGAUGUAAUAACAUAAACAGACUUCCCAGCGCGGGAAAGAGCCAUCUGCUCGUCUGCGGGCUGAAAUUGCCCGCCCUUUACUUCUAUUCGCUUUGGCGCCGCUGUGCAGACGCCCCCCUCUCCCUCAUUGGCUGACCUCACUGACAAUGCGCGAGAGCGCGUCAAGCGUUUAAAUCUCAUUGGACUAAAACAUGAGCACCAACCGUAACACAUCGGGCUUGUACUGAUCUCGCUAUUGGCUCUUGGGCUCAUUCUGGCUGCAGCUAUUGGUUACUUUUGACAUCUGGGACGUGACCCCCUUACUUGAUUGGUCAGUUGAGUGCUCGGGCGCGAUUUUGCAACGCGGGACAACGCUUCUGGGGGCGCACACAUCCCAGUUCCGUGGACCCUAUACAGCAGGGAGGAAACAUACCAUCUUCAUAUCUCACUGUAUCUUUUGAUACUUUAUUAGGAAGGACGGAUUGGAUUUUUUUAACCCCUCUUUGGAAAUGAAGGACAUAUUCACACCCGAUUAAGAAGACGCACUACUUGUAACUUUAAUUUUUGUGGUUUAAAGUUAUUUUUCACCGUUUCAGCAUUCAUUAGAGUUUGUUCUGGAGGCUUGGGGUUCAUACAAUGGCCGAAAACAAACAUCCGCGCGUCAUUUUCUGCAACGACUCACCGAAAAGGGUUUUGGUGUCCGUGAUCAAGACCACGCCGAUCAAACCCAGGAAAGCAGAGGCCCUGACACCGACGAGCCCCGGCUUCAGCGACUUCAUGGUCUACCCGUGGAAGUGGGGGGAGAACGCCCACAAUGUGAGCCUGAGCCCGGGCUCAGUGAGUGGGGCUUCAUCACCUACCGGGACCCAGACAGCCAGAGAAGCGGACACCGCACCCUCACCGGACCAGAUCAGGGUAUAUGUCAAAGUUGACUAUGUCUGUACUGUGACUAAAAAGCAAAGUCUGAAUACGUUUAAAUGGCUGUAAUCAGGUAUAUAUUCAUGUUUAGUCCAGUUUGAGCCAGUCAAAGUGAUAAAAACAACCUUUAUAAGUUGUAACAAUAGUAUUAUCAUGAUUAUUUGUCUGUUUCCAGCCGCAUUCACUAAAAUAAGUGCCCGUUAAUUCUGUUGCUGUCAUUCAAAACGUUGCAAACUUAAUCGUUAUAAAUGUUUCAUUCAUUGCUUUGAACAAACGCUCAUUUUUUGGACGUGGAGCUGCUUUAAAAAAGUGUAAUUUUCGGUUAGUCGGCUGCAAUAUGGCCGAGAUGAAGAGUCAUUUAAAAAAACGCCCGCGCAAUAGGGUGUGACAUGGUGGAUUUUAAACCCCACUUACUUCCUGGUUCGGGAGCAGCUGCUCAUACAUGACGUCUAGUCGCGCGCCAAAAGUGGAACCGGAUGUGAAUUAUGAUCGACCAACGUGCCUCAUGUAACAAUGUGACAUGUGAGAUCAGCCUGGGAAAGUGUUAUUAGUACAAAUUUGCAUUGUACAACAUGCAAACUAGAUAACCGGUUCAUUCAUCUAUUUUGUCCUGACUAGUUUCACAUCAUAAAUAUUUGUUAUAAAGGCAGCACUAACUUAAUCCCUGUACCUGAUUUACGUUUUAUACAUUUGUUGCAUCAGACAAAACAUAUUUAGGGGAGAGGGGGGUAAGUUGAGCCACCCCCUGUUUCUUGGAAAUGGUAAAAGAAAUUGAUCAUGUGACCAAAUAUUUAGGAGAUGGGCAUCAAUUCAUAAAGUCUGUGAAGGUUAGAAGCUCAUGGGUGAAGAGAUUAGACAUUUAUUUAAAAAAGAAAAAGUUUUUCUCUCCUGAAAGUGAAUUUAGUCUGUCAUAAGUUUUAUUAGAAUUGUGUUCAGACCAAAAAAGAUCAUUUUAAAUUGAUUUAUACAUCAAUAGUGGUAUCUAUGAGCUACAACAUGAGGUCAAAAACCUAGCAUUAAAGUCCACCAUUUUAGCUUAGAGGACUAAUAAAGUCAUCAUAGUAGUUCUGGGGUAAGUUGAGUCAGUGGCUCAACUGAGAAAGUAAAGGAGUCUGAUGAGAGGAUCAGAGUUUCAGUUCCGGUUGUUGAAAUUUUUUACUUUUUCUUUUCAAAAAUACAGCUGUGAAUGUUCUGAAUCACCUAAAGACAUUCUCAUGUUAAAAUGACUUUUUACAAAACAGCUUUUUAGCAGUUAUAUGCAAUAAUAAUAAAAAUAAUUAUUGUACCAGUUGAAUAGUGUAUAAUAGAUAAAAAUACACAUGAAUGUGAAGAAGUGACUGUUAUUUAGGGAGAGAGAGAAGGUGAGGGAGGGCUUGGGUGGAGGUUGGUGGGGUAGUAGGGAUACGGCUCAACUUACCCCGCUCCUAUGGUCAACUUACCCCAUACAUGGGGUAAGUUGACCAUAGGAGACCUUUUCUUUUGGCAUGCUAUAUUAUCAAGACAGUUAUGUUUACACUCAUUCUGUUGGUUUGCAGGGAUGCACAACAUUUUGAAAUAUAUGCAGAUACACUAGUUAGAGACAAAACUAUGAUUACCUUUUAUGCAGAGAUCCAAAAUAUGAAAAAUGGCUCAUCUUACCCCACUCUCCCCUAUGUACUUUAUCAGCUUAUGGUAAAUGUGCUGCAUUUGUAUUAAAGGUGUUACUGAAGUCAAAUCUAAAACCUCCCUGUAUUCUUGCUACCAGGAUGGGAUACGAAGAGGACGCCCACGGGCUGAUACUGUCCGGGAGCUCAUCAGUGAGGGGGAAACUUCAUCCAGCCGUAUUCGCUGUAACAUCUGCAACAGGGUGUUUCCCAGAGAGAAGUCACUGCAGGCUCACAAGAGGACACACACUGGUGAGAAAGAGAUGGGGUGCAGUGAAUGUGCAUACUGUGAUGUUUAUGAUGGUAUAUCCUGCACUUUUUAUAGAGCAUGUAAACAAACACUAGAUUUAAGUUUUGGCUGUCUUUGUAUAUGAUAAAGGCAGCAGCUAAAUUGUGAACCUUUGAUUGUUUCCUAAGCAAUAUCCACAUGUCUACUACAGGUGAGAGGCCUUAUCUGUGUGACUAUCCAAACUGUGGGAAGGCAUUUGUCCAGAGUGGUCAGCUGAAGACUCACCAGAGGCUGCACACGGGAGAGAAACCUUUCGUCUGCUCUGAGAAAGGUAGAGUUGAAGAAGUAUUUUUGUUGAUGGCCUAAACCAUUCAUCACAGUACUAUUGAAAUGAGUGAUCAGCCAAACACUACAGAGUGGGGUCUUUCACAUUGAGGUACUUUCCAUUUAAUGAGAUCAAGUCACCAGUAUAGGUGAACAUUUCUAACUGCUGGAGCACUUGGGGAACUACCUAAUAAACACAGACUGUUCUGAGAUUGUCAACUGUUCAAAAUGAAACUGCCACUUUUAUUUGGGGUUGAUGACAUACAUGUCACAUUUCCAUCUCAAUUGACUAGAAUUUCCAGAUUACAAAUACUAAACGUGUUAUUGUCCUUUCAUUACUGGACUAAACCAAAAAAAGGUUCUUGAUUAAAGUCAUGCCAAAAGUGAAAAAUGUCCCCUUUCUUGCUACAUUCAUUCCAACUUGUUGCUCUCUCUGCAGGAUGUGGCAACCGGUUCACACAUGCUAACCGUCACUGCCCCAGCCAUCCUUUCUCCCGUUUGAAGAGAGAGGAACCAAAGGAAGGCCAUGGGAAAGCUCAGUCGGUGGAUAACAAGGCUGUAGCAGAGUGGCUUGCAAAGUAAGAGAACCCACAAUAUGCAGAGAUGAAUCCUUUUUGAUGCAGAUUUUACAGAAACAAAAUGCAUUUUUCAUGUUGUGUUUGUAUCAUAUGUAAUUUGAUUCCUUUUUUGUCCCUGCAGGUACUGGCAGACCCGGGAGCAGCGUGCCCCGACAACUACAAAGGUGAAGGCACAGGGGAAAGUGAGAGCAGAGGACCAGGAGCAGCAGGAUCCCAUGGAGUUCCUCCACUCUGAUGAAGAGAACGGGGAAGAAGACGAGCCGAUGGAAGAGGAGAAGGGAAGCCAGGGUGGAGGAGGAGGAGCCGCCAAGCGCCGCUUACAGGAGCAACGAGAGCGUCUUCACGGCGCUCUGGCACUCAUUGAGCUGGCCAACAACCUGUCUGCCUGAACACCCACCCUCCCAUUCCCUGAUCCUGGACUCCCCCUUCCCUGCUCCUUACUUUACCUCCAUUCCCAACCUGCCUUCCUGCUUUGUGCAGUAGUGACAAAACACCAUAAAUGCCGAUCAAUGACUAGUUUAUUCUGUCGAGUUGUAAAACCAGACUUUGAGAAAGAGCUAAAUUGGCCUGAGAUCAUAGUUAAUGCACAUCACCUACUACUCUCCUUCACAGCAGCAGGAAGGCAUAAGCUAAAGCACCUUAUUCAGCUUCCAUUUUAUCCUUUUAGGCUGCUAUAAUUGUAGAUUUGACAACAUGAAGAAUGUCUCUCUUUCUUCUGUCUUCUAAAGGCAAAGAAAGAGUAUCUGUUAUGUUUAAUUUGUUUUGUUUGCACUUUGAUGGUAACGAGUUUUUUAAGUAUAUUAUGAGUGUGUAUGACUGAUGUAUAUAUGGAUUAAGCUCAGAUGGACAGAAUGAUACAGGGUGUGGUCCUACAUAGGAAUUAUUAUGUUGCAUUCCAACUGUCAGAUAGCCUGCAGGUUUCAUCUUCUGGGGAGUGGAAACACAAUCUCUACUGUCACCGAUGACAGAAAUGGUGGUAGAGAAGUUUCAUAAAGGCUCAGUAGUUAGUUAUAGUUCUAUUCUCACCACAUGAAACGCUAUAGAGAAAGUGGUGAGUGGGUGGAAGGGUGAAACAAAUAAGAUGAACCAGAUCUGUUUGGCAUGUUCAUUCUUCAUGUUGGUAAGAGGUGAUCAUUGCAAGCCUAAUCCAAACCCCAACAGUUUCAGCAGUUGACUCAUAGUUGUGUCUGCAUGUACUUACCAGAGCCACAUGAGAAAAGUUCAUCAUGAUUUGGUUGCUAAGGUCCACAUUACCUUUAAAAAUGUACUGUUUUCCCUUAACCGUCAUUCUCUACAUGGAUAAACUAAACCUACAGUCCUUAAGUUGUUCAAAUCCAGAGCUGAUGUAUUUUACAAUGGACAUCAGUCACUUUUUAUGUUAAAAUGUGUCAGUCAAAAUUUUUGUUCCUCUUUUACAUUUGUUACAUUGUACAGGCUCAGUAGCCCUAUUACAGCUUGAUGUUUGAUGGAAAGUAUUUUGACACCAUCCACAUCUGAUAGGUUGAAAUUUAGAAUCACAAAUUCAUUUAAGAGUACUUAACAUUAAAAUGAACAUCAUCUUGGUUUUAAUUGAGCACUUAAGUUUGGGUUAAGCUUGCAAUACACUGGAGAUUAAAUUUGUCGUACAGUCCAGGCAAAUGGCACCUGUUCCAUAAACUGAUGUGUGUAGUGCUGGGUGUUUUUCUUUGAUUUUAAAGCAACACUACAUCUUUCAACACUGUAUGAAGUCCCUCAUAACUACCCCAACUCGGGUUCGGGGUAAAAUGCUCCAACGACCUAUCACACUGUCACUCAAGCUAUGUUUAAUCUUUGAUUUACAAAUUACCCUUAUGGAGAUAAGGUAAAACUGGAAGUCUGGUUUAAUGUUGAUAAUCAAAACACCAAAUGAUUUAUUGUACCCAAUCAUAGUAUAUUUGAAGCAUUUCUAACCCUUAGUUUACGUUUUGGUUUGACAAGAGUAUGGCAUUUAAUAUAUAUUUGAACAUUAUGUUUUUUAGAUUGUGCACAAUUUGUGAAGAGCUUUGAAGUUGAAUUUCUAGUUUCAGUUUUUUCCUCUGCUAACAUCCCCAACAGUCUUGUGUUUGUGACAAGUAUAGAGCUUGCUUGGUAGGCAGUUUAUCCACAUUUCAAGGUAAAACUUCUCUGACAAUGUCCACACUGUUUGAUAAUUGCUGGUCUUCAAUAAACAUUCACUGAACUUACAGUCAA